CAAAGCGGGGAGGCAAGUACGAAGUGCCUACUGUAAAUAGACGCUCGCAAAGUGUCUGUGCAUGCUGGACUUGCUUUUUUAUCCCCCAAACCUCCCUUUGAAUUGCUUGUGCCGUGUGUGGCGUCUGUCGACCCUAGUCUGCAGCUCAAAUCCCCCAGCCACCCAAAAGAUGAGAAAUCGGUACCUUAGCCACCAGGCAAACAUGCAGUUACUCCAUGGAUUACCGGUAACCUUUCCAUCAAACAUGAUUGCGCACGCAACAUCCCAUCCACUUCUCCACAUUCAUCCCAGCCUGCCCGGAUCUCAGGAGCUUGGACCCUAUCACUCCAAGGUGGGUCCAGGAUGGAGGUACCAGAUACCGUCAUCUUGACGAUUACUUUGGAACAAUUCCAGGUCACCCGAAACUUUGGCCCGAUUUACCUACGGGUGCUUUGGCAAGUCUCUAGAAGUAGAGGCGCAGCCGGGGCAUGGCAGCAACAGCUUAUAGCCAACCUAGACGCAAGCAAGCGCUUGGUGAGGGGAGCUGGAGCUAGCUUCCCCUCGUCUCCCUCUGUCUCUCUCCCUCUGCGCCCGUCUGUCUGUUCCCCCUCUGGCUUGCUGCGCAACCCACCUCUCUCCCUUUUUUGGCACUUUGCGCAACAGCUUACCCCUGGACCUCCCACACAUUCGACCAAAAACACCCCCGACCUUCCACCCGUCUCUAGCUGUUCUUCCUUCUUUUCCCCCGUAUAACACCCAGUUUUUCACUCGCACCUGCUUCUCCUCUUGCCGGUUGCAGUUCAAACAGCUUCGCCUAGACACAUACACUACCAAUUGACUUUUACUUUUUUUUUCAUCAUUCACCAUGUCCCGCAAGCGAAAGCAAGAUGAGGAGCUUGUUUCUCUCCCCAGUGAUGACGAGGAGGAAGAAGAAUAUGUGAGCGAAGAGGAUGAAGAGGAACAUGAUGAUGAUGGCGAAGAGGAAGAAGAAGAGGAGGAGGAUGCAGAGGAGAACGGCGAUGAAGCCGGUGAGAAUGGCACGACCGACCAUGCCCCUCCAAGCAAGAAACAAAAGACAGCUGUCGCUUCGGAUGAAAAGGCGCCCAACAACGAAGCCGAAGAUGACGACGCCGAAGAGGAGAACGGUGAUGAUGCUGCCGAAGAGAACGGCGAGAACGGAGAGGAGGCUGAAGAUGACGACGAUGCGGCCGAAGACGCUGCGGAUGACGUUCCUGCCAAGGGUACUCCUGCUAAGGUCUCCAAAGGAGCUGCCGAGGACGGAGACUCGUACGCUGAAGUCGCGGCGACUGGUGAAGGCGAUGACAAGGCGGAUUAGGCAGGAUACUUGUUGGUAUUUACUCGACAUGUUCCGUUCUCUUUCUCAGAUCUUUGGUGCAAUUUACCUAGCUUUGUCUGCUGUCUACACAAUUAAGUGCGCGAUGGUUCUGAAAACAUGCAAUGUCUCGUUUUCCCCUUAGUAAAACAGCAACAAUUUCUCAAUAUAGCUUAAUGGCCUUCCAGUGUGGGUUGAAGUUGUUGCUUUCGUAGUGACAAAAGUGCUGUCGAGUUGAUCUCAUCCAUAUUGCUUGUUUACGCAUCGGUUGUUAGGUGGUUGGAUCCGUU